UCCGCUUAUAACUUAGUUUGACAUAUCUGCUAAGCCUUUUCUAAAUAGUUUAUGAGUAAGCAAUUAUGUGAUAACCCGUAAGCAUUUCAUUUUGUAGGUUGUGUGAUAUAGAAAAGUGAAAGGAGAUCUUACUAGUUGCAAGCAAUAUGAGUUCCAUGGUUAAUGUUAAGGCUUCAGAAAAGAGAGGCCCCAAUGCAAGAAAUGAAUACAAACCAACAGACAUGACCAUUAAAGAGCUGGAGAGAAGGAUAUGGAAAAACCGCAAGCUGCUGAAGAAUCUCAAGGAAGAGAGGGAACAAAAGGAGAGUAGCCAUUCACUAAAGAUUAACAAAAGGAGGAAGACCAUGUCUCAUGCACAAGAUUGCCUCCACAGUCACAUGAUGAAGAUGAUGGUGGAUUGUGAUGCUAUGGGAUUCGUCUACAGCAUAAUCCCUCAUAAGGGGAAGCCAGUGAGUGAAUCCUCUGACAAUCUUCGUGGCUGGUGGAAGGAAAGGGCGACGUUUGAUCCCGAUGGCCCGGCAGCAAUUGCAAAUUUUGAGGAAGAAAGUGAACAUGACCAGAACGAGGGUGAAGACACAAUAUCAUUUUACACUCUUCAGGAACUCCCUGACGCAACUUUAGGGACAAUCUUGUCUAACCUGAUGCAGCACUGUGAACCACCUCAGAGGAGGUACCCUCUGGACAAAGGUGUUCCCCCACCAUGGUGGCCAACUGGGAAGGAACCAUGGUGGCAUGAGUUGGGGUUUCUCAAGGAUCCUGGUUCUCCUCCUUACAAGAAACCUCAUGAUCUUAAGAAGACUUGGAAGGUGUGUGUGCUGACUGCUGUGGUCAAGCACAUUUCCCCUGACAUUGACAAAAUUAGGAACAUUGUCAGGUACUCUAGGACCCUCAAGGACAAGCUCACUGCUAAGGAAAAUGCAAUUUUGACGGCUGUCUUGAACCAUGAGGAGUCACUGGCUAGAAAUGCGCACCCUGAGGAUGAUGAUGAUGAUGGAAGUAGCAGCUUUAGUGAGUUCAUUUUGAAUUAUGAACAUGACAUUGGCAUACAGAAUAUUGGUGAUCAUAGAGAGGUUGCUGUUGUGGCUGGAGAUAGAAAGCAACCACCUCACUAUGACAAUGAUGUGCCUCCAAUGAAUAAGAGAAAGCAACCAUCUUCAAAUGGUGCUAAUAAGAGAAAACAGCAGGCUGAUGAUUCUGUUCAGGUAAAUCAUCCCCAGAAUGAAGCUUACACCUAUUAUUACCCUCAAUACCAAUAUGAUGAUCUUGGAUUCAAACAAACUAACAGCAACAACAACAACCGUGUCCAAAUGGUUGAAGGGUCAAAUUCUCAGCCUAUUAGCAAUGUCAAUCCUGCUGCACCUCAUGGUCAAACUACAGAACCUGUUGCAGAUUGGACUCUUCCUGCUAUCAUUUAUUUAGAGGAAGUGACUUCUAAACCUGUGGAAUUCUACACUGCAGGCUUUCAGAACACAAUGAAUGCUGGGAGCAUGAAUCCACCUAUGGCUAAUCAAUACCAUCAGGUGCAAAAUCUUCAGCCCUGAUGGACAAUAAUCUCUUUGGUCAAGGUGUUGUUGGUUCCAAUGGCUGCAAUAGAAAAUGCUAGAUUGAGCUCUUCUCCUUUGUUUUGUUAUGUUCUUUUUUCAACUAUCAGACUUGUAAGAAAACUCCAUCACUAUUUCAUAGAACUUAUUUAUUCUGUGGCAGCAACAAUUAGCUAAGUUUGAAGCUUUGUAGGAUAUAGAACUUACUAUACCAGAUACAAAGUCUUGUUCUCUUGGCAAAGCUUUAAGUCCAAAGUCUUUUUUCCUCUGACAUGUAAAAGUGAGAUGAAAGAUCACUCAGUUCUAAGUCCUAACUCCUAACAAGAAAAUGGGAGAGGCUGAAUCAAUUUCCAAACUUCGAUUCAGGUAAAUAGAGUAAUG